UGCCGUGCCGCGCUGCGAUUGGUCCAGCGGCAGAACGUGUUCCAAGAUGGCGGGGGAGAGCAACAUCCGCACGGCCUUGUCCAACCCUGCCGGGUGGCAGUCCCUUCUCUCCUUCUCCAUCCUCGCUCUGGCCUACCUAGCCGCCUUCAGCAGCCGCCUGUUCGCCGUCAUACGCUUCGAGAGCAUCAUCCACGAGUUCGAUCCCUGGUUUAACUACAGGUCCACACAUCACCUGGUCAACUAUGGCUUCUAUAACUUCCUCAACUGGUUUGAUGAGAGAGCGUGGUAUCCGCUCGGGAGGAUAGUAGGGGGGACGGUGUACCCAGGUUUGAUGGUGACAGCAGGAACCAUCCACUGGUUACUCAACAGUCUCCACAUUACUGUACAUAUCAGAGAUGUCUGUGUGUUCUUAGCUCCAACCUUCAGUGGGUUGACAUCCAUAGCAACAUACUUGUUAACCAAAGAGUUAUGGAGCCAGGGGGCAGGGCUGCUAGCAGCAUGUUUCAUUGCAAUAGUUCCUGGCUACAUCUCCAGAUCAGUAGCAGGGUCCUAUGACAAUGAGGGAAUCGCCAUCUUUGCCUUACUUUUUACUUACUUUCUAUGGGUUAAAUCAGUAAAGACAGGGUCUAUAUUCUGGGCAGGAUGUACAGCUUUGGCAUAUUUCUAUAUGGUGUCUGCCUGGGGAGGGUACGUCUACAUCAUCAACCUCAUCCCACUGCACGUGUUUGUGCUGCUCCUGAUGGGCAGGUUCUCCUACAGGAUAUUCGUAGCGUACUGUGCGUUCUUCAUCCUGGGCCUGCUGCUGUCCAUGCAGGUCCCCUUCGUCGGCUUCCAGCCAAUCAGGACCAGCGAACACAUGGCAUCAGCCGGUGUGUUUGCGCUCCUGAUAGCGUACGGGUUCCUGAAGUACCUGCACACGCACCUGAGUAGCCUGACCAAGUCCGAGAUGAGGUCGCUCUUCUUCUUCGCUGUGGCUGCUUCGGCGGCCGCCGUCCUCAUGGCGGUGGUGUACCUGACAUACGCAGGUUAUGUUGCACCAUGGAGUGGAAGAUUCUACUCUCUAUAUGACACGGGGUAUGCUAAGAUCCACAUCCCCAUCAUCGCGUCAGUGUCGGAGCACCAGCCCACCACCUGGGUCUCCUUCUUCUUCGACCUGCAUGUGCUGGUCUGCACCUUCCCUGCUGGAGUCUGGUUCUGUAUCAAGAAGAUCAACGAUGAGAGAGUCUUCAUCGUGCUGUACGCCAUCAGUGCCAGCUACUUCGCCGGGGUCAUGGUGCGCCUCAUGCUGACCCUGACCCCCGUGGUCUGUAUCCUCUCCGCCAUCGCGUUCUCCAACGUUCUGGAACGCUACCUGGUGGACGACACGCCGAAGGUCCACCACAUCGAGGACGAGAGCGAGGACGACGAAGAGGGUGACAAAAGAAAUAAAAGCAAAGAUCUGUACGAUAAGGUAACCAAAACAGCAGGGAAGGUGAGGAAGAUUCGGCAUGAGCCCAGCGGCGAGCCGGAGAGCCUGGGCGGAAACGUGAAGACCAUCGUCGUCAUGGCAGUCAUGAUGAUCCUCAUGAUGUUCGCCGUGCACUGCACCUGGGUCACCAGCAACGCCUACUCCAGCCCCAGCGUCGUGCUGGCCUCCUACAACCACGACGGGUCGCGGAACAUCCUGGACGACUUCAGGGAGGCCUACUAUUGGCUGCGGCAGAACACAGACGACCAUUCCCGCGUGAUGUCGUGGUGGGACUACGGGUACCAGAUCGCCGGCAUGGCGAACCGUACGACGCUGGUGGACAACAACACGUGGAACAACAGUCACAUAGCACUGGUUGGAAAGGCCAUGUCGUCCAAUGAGACGAGGGCUUACGAGAUCAUGAAGGCCCUGGAUGUGGACUAUGUGCUGGUUAUAUUCGGGGGUGUGAUUGGCUACUCCGGAGAUGACAUUAACAAGUUUCUGUGGAUGGUGAGGAUCGCAGAGGGGGAACAUCCCAAGGAGAUCAGGGAAGGUGACUACUUCACCCCCCAGGGAGAGUUCCGAGUGGACAAGGCGGGCUCCAAGACUCUGCUGAACUGUCUCAUGUACAAACUCUGCUACUACAGGUUUGGGGAGAUGCAGCUGGACUUCCGAACCCCCCCUGGUUUUGACCGUACCAGGAACGUGGAGAUCGGCAACAAGGACAUCAGUUUCCAGCACCUGGAGGAGGCCUACACCACCGAGCACUGGCUGGUCAGGAUCUACAAGGUCAAGAAGCAGGACAACCGGGUCAGAUUAGAUCACACUGUCAGGAAGACAGACAUCAAACCCAAAACCAAGUUCACUUCCAGAAAGUCGGGAAAAAGAAAACGAGGAUUCAUCAAGAACAAGCUGUUGAUAAAGAAGGGGAAGAGACCAUCCAGCAAGAACAAGAAGCCGAGCAGGAAAUCUUCCUCUAAGAAGUAAACAACCUGUCAAUCAUGCAUCUGCACCACCCCCCUCCCCCUGAGUGUCCAGUAGCUCAUCCAGAGGAAGGAAGUUUUUGAAAAGAAGGAAGAAAAUUUUGCUGUAAAGUUUAAGAAAAAAAAAAAGAUGUGUGUAAAAAUGGUGUAUACAAAUGCAAUGAUAAACAAUGCUUAAGACGUAGUAGUAGUAGGGCUUUAGUUUCUACAAGAUUUCAGUGUUCACAGUUUCAGAUUUUGCAUGGAAGCCAGUUUCAGAAAUAGCUUGAUGAAUCUACACUAUAAAACAUUAGGAAUAGCCACCAGUGACUACAACAUUAUAUCCUGCUAUGUGCUGCUGGGGUGGGACUCUUACUAAACAUUCAAGUUUAAAAUUUCUUUCAUGUACAAAAAAUGGUGUUUAAACCUCACACUACUAGUGCGCCCUUGUAGCAAAAUGAAACUGCAAACAAUAAAUAUAGCUGUCUUGUAACUUUUUA